AUGACGAAGGAUAAAGGAAAGGAGAAGACACCAAGUAUAGAAUAUGAGAGCCUUACGUCUACACGGCUCCAGGAGCUCGUCGACGAAGAUAUCCGCAAUGUGGCGAGUGUGCUUGGCCUAGAGUCACCUAUCGGAUCCAUAUUGCUUCGUUAUUUUAGGUGGAACAAGGAUUUACUCCUCGAGAGGUUCAUGGAUGACCCCACUACCGUCCUCCGCAAUGUGGGCGAGCCUGAGCACAUCACUAGCGAAUCUUCUGGAGAACCGAAUGGUCGUCCGAACAAGCGUGCACGCUUCGACACCCCAUCCGACUUCGUCUGCGCCAUUUGUUGCGAUGACCAGCCCGAGAGCAUAUUCAAACUCAGAUGCGCACAUGCUUUCUGCGAACCCUGUUGGCAGAUCUACAUUACCUCGAAGAUUAAAGAUGAAGGACAAUGUCUAUUCAAUUGUAUGCAGGACGAAUGCAAGACGAUCGUCGACGACCCAUCGGUCCAGAAAUUGGUAGACACAUCUGCUUACGAUCGGUUUGUCCGUCUCCUGCUCGUCAUUGUCACUUUUUCUCACGAGCCAUUUGCCUCCAGGUAUCGAGAGCUCGUCACACAGUCUUAUGUUUCCGCACAUCCAGAGAUGCGGUUCUGUCCUCAUCCGUCAUGCAAUGAAACCGUGUCGUGUCCUAGUGGCAAAGGUUCUGUCCUUCUCACGGAAGUGCCCACAGUCAGGUGUGGACAUGGUCACGUAUUCUGCUUCGGUUGUGGUUUGGACUCGAACCAUCGCCCGCUCAUCUGCAAACUGACCACCGUCUGGCUCAAGAGCGCUCGAGAGGACGCGGGGACUGCUCAGUGGAUCAAGGCGAACACGCGGUCAUGCCCGAAGUGCGAGAACAGCAUCGAGAAAGCGGGGGGAUGCAAUCGCAUUUUGUGUCGCCAUUGCAACUUCCAGUUUUGUUGGCUCUGCAGAAAGAACUGGGAUAUCCAUGGUUACAAUAACGAGAUUUGCAACACAUGGAAAGAGCCCGAGCCUGAUGAAAUUAAGACCGAGGCAAAGCAAAACCUGGAGAAAUGGCUCUUUUACUUCGACCGAUUCAAUAACCACGAAUUGUCGGCGCGGCUUGAUCAAGAGUUGUGCGAACGUACGGAAGAGAAAAUGGUAAACGUACAAGAGAACAGUAACCUAUCGUGGAUCGAGGCGAAAUUCGUGCAAAAUGCAGUGGAUGAGCUCACAGCAUGUCGACUAACUCUGAAGUGGUCGUACGCUAUGGCCUACUUUCUCGCCGCUGGCAAUCAGAAGGAGAUGUUCGAGGAUAUCCAGGCUGACCUUGAGAAGGCAGUAGAAGCCCUUUCGCAGCUCCUGGAAGAGUCCAUCGAAGAAAGCACUAUCAAGACCUUGCGACAGCGGAUGAUGGACAAGACGGUCUACGUUCAGGGUAGACAUGAGAUUCUGUUGCGGGACACGGCAGAAGGUCUCGCGGAAGGUCGCUGGGAGUGGAAUGUCCUUCUAGAAUGA